AUGUUUUGCAGUCGGUCAAAUCAGUCGAAUGAAAGUAAACCUGUUUUUAAGGAAAAUAAAAAUACCAAGUCUUUUGUUUCUUCUGGCGAGGGACCACGGAUUAAACCGUGUUUGGUAUGCGACCAGAACCAUCAUGUUUACCAGUGCACCAAGUUUAAGUCUAUGAGUCUGGAGGACAGGCUUGUUGAAGUUUCAAAACAUAAACUUUGUAAAAAUUGUCUACGCGCGGGACAUGACGGUUCUCAAUGCACUUUGAAAGGUUCCUGUCGCAGUUGCAAGAAAAAACACAAUUCUCUCUUGCAUUGCGACAGCGUCAGUAGUAAUAAUAAUAAUGCUGCUCCUACCGACUCUGUAAAAAAUAUUAACACUUCUGUUCACAUGUCGACUGACGCUGACGCAUCGGGUCAGGUUAUGUUGUGCACGGCUCAAGUCGAAGUAUAUUGUCCUAAGAAUAACGCUACUUACGUCGCUCGUGCACUCUUAGACAAUGGUAGUCAAUCGUGUUUAAUCUCAGAAAAAUUUAAGCAAAAGUUAAAACUACCUACAAAUCAAAUUGAACCAUUUGAUAUUACUGGGAUCAAUAAACAGAAAACGGAGAUAUCUGAACGUAUCCAACUAAAAGUCAAGUCUCGCUUUAAUUCUUACGAAUUAGAUGCUAAUUUUUGGGUGGUCCCCGAAAUCUCGGAUGAUGUGCCAAAUGUGGCAAUCGAUAUCGAAAAAUUAGAUUUGCCGCAUGUUGAGCUAGCGGAUCCGCUGUUCUAUAAACCGGAUCAGGUUGAUAUUUUGUUGUCAGGGGACAGAUUUUUUAAAGUUCUUAAGCCAGAUCAAAUAGAUCUAGGAGAAGGAAAACCUAUGCUACAAGAUACUAAGCUAGGAUGGUUAGUAGUUGGUCGCACGGGCGAAAGCUACAACCAAAUUAAUAAUGUUUAUUGUCAUUUAGCCACUACAAGGCGCCAGACGUCACUACAAGAUGUCGAUAAUUCUCUAAAGCGUUUUUGGGAGGUGGAAGAUUUGCCUUCCGAUUGUAAGUCUUUGUCUGUUGAUGAAGAGUUUUGUGAAACUCAUUAUGUUGAUAAUACUAGUCGUUUACCUGAUGGUCGAUUCUCUGUACAGAUGCCAUUCAAGGAAAAACCCGAGGAAACUCUCGGAAACUCAUAUCCUAUAGCUAUGAGACGUUUUCUUAACUUGGAAAAGAAGUUAGAUAAAAAUCCCAACGUUAAAGAACAGUAUCGUGAUUUUUUGCAGGAGUAUGCUGAUUUAGGACACAUGACUGAAGUUAAACGGCCAAGUUUCGGGUGUUACUUGCCCCACCACUGUGUUAUUCGUGAGCAAAAGGAAACUACUAAGCUUAGAGUCGUUUAUGAUGCGUCAGCUUCUACGAGCUCAGGCAAGUCUCUGAAUGACAUUCAGGCAGUAGGUCCAGUUGUGCAAAGUGACCUACUUUCAAUUCUGUUGCGUUUCCGUACUAAUAGGUUCGUUCUAACAGCUGACAUCGAAAAGAUGUAUAGGCAGGUCUCUCUUAGCGAACAACAGCGCCAUCUUCAACUCAUUCUGUGGAGAGACCAGGCUGAUCAGCCUGUCAAGAUUUUUCAGCUCAACACUGUUACGUAUGGAAUGGCUUCGGCACCUUUCAUCACAACAAGGUGCCUCAAGCAGUUAGCUCUCGAAUGUCAAGAUGAAGUGACUUCUAAUGUCAUUAAAAAUGAUUUUUACAUUGAUGAUCUUAACACAGGGUCGUCAACAGUAGAAGAGUUAAAGUAUAUAUAUGAAAAUGUUGUCAAAGUUCUAAAUUCUGCAUGCUUUCCCCUGCGCAAAUUUCGCACGAAUUGUCCUCAAAUUUUAGAAGACCAGUCAGGGUCUACGAAUUGCCUUGACUUUAAUAAUGAUGCUUCAGUUUUAGGCCUAAAAUGGUCCCCUCAGGCGGAUACCUUGCAUUUUCCGAUAGACUUUGCACCGCCUAAUAAAAUAACAAAGCGAACCAUCAUAUCUACAACAUGCAAAUUGUUUGACCCAUUGGGGCUUCUAUGUUGCUGUAUAGUAAAACCUAAGAUUCUUCUGCAGAAUUUGUGGUCUGCCAAAUUGGACUGGGAUACUCCAGUACCUUUGGAUUUUGAAAAAAGAUGGUUAAAGUUUGUCAACAAUUUGGAUCAUUUGACAAAUAUCAAUUUAAAUAGACAUGUUCUAUGUGAUUUACCUAAUACUGAGCGCACAGAGAGUCAUUGUUUUGUUGAUGCGUCCCAAGAGGCGUACGGAGCAUGUGUGUAUUUGCGGUCGGUUGACAGCAAUGAUCAUGUGACAGUUCGAUUGCUUUGCGCAAAGGCCAGAGUGGCCCCAAUUAAAGUUUUAAGUAUCCCACGGCUUGAACUGUGCGCCAGUUUAUUGGGCGCUCAAUUGUGCACGAAAGUAGCUCAGUCUAUAAAAACUAAAAUUGUCAAACAUGUAAUGUGGACCGACAGUAUGGUCGUUCUCGGUUGGCUUAAAUCGCAGUCUAAAACUCUGCAAGCUUUCGUACGCAAUCGAGUAAAUAAAAUUAAUGAGUUGACUCAAGGUCACGAGUGGAAACACGUACCUACGGAUUUUAAUCCGGCAGAUCUAGCGUCGCGGGGCGUUGAUCCGCAGCAUCUGCCGUCUUUGUCUUUCUGGUGGGAAGGUCCUUCGUUCCUGAAGAAGGAUUUUACGGAGUGGCCCUCACAGCCUCAAACGCCUUCAGACUUACCUGAGGUCAAGGUGUUACUAACUGUUAAAGACGAAACCUUAAGCUCUGGUGAUCCCGUCGUAACAUUCGAUCGACAUUCUAGUUACGUACGUCUGAAAAGGAUGUAUGCUUACGUCUUCCGGUUUAUACAUAAUUGUAGAAAAUCAAAUGCCAAACUUAAGGGACCUUUAACAGUUCAGGAGCUUAAGGACUCGUUGGCGUUUUUAGUUAAAAAAUGUCAAGCGCAGUCGUUUCAAAAAGACAUCCAAAAUUUAAGCCAAGGUAAACCACUUCAUAGCCGAAGUAGACUUUUGUCUCUCAACCCUUUCGUAGAUCCCAGUGGUGUUUUACGUGUAGGAGGGAGAAUAAGUAAUUCCAACUAUCAUUUUAAUAAAAAACACCCAAUUUUGUUAGAUGCUAAGCAUCACUUUACAAAGCUUAUUAUGAGAUACGAGCACUUACGUUUGUAUCACGCAGGUGCUCAGUUGAUUUUAUCGUCACUACGCGAAGAGUUCUGGCCAGUGGGUGGUAGGAAUUUAGCUCGGAGUAUAUCUCAAAGGUGUGUCGACUGUGUUAGGCAAAGAGGAAAAACAGUUCAGCCUAUAAUGGGUGAUCUACCGAGCGUAAGAGUAGAAACAAGUUCCGCUUUCCAAUCUACUGGGAUUGACUUCGCCGGUCCUUUCAUGAUAGCUAAUAAGAAGGGACGCGGCAGUCGUAAUACUAAAGCCUACCUAUGUGUCUUUGUGUGCCUUGCCUCUAAGGCGAUCCACCUCGAGGUGGUUAGCGAUUUAUCCACUGAAGCUUUCAUACUGUGUCUACGCAGGUUCGUAUCGCGUCGUGGCAGGCCCGAGGUAAUUUACUGUGAUAACGGGAAAAACUUUGUAGGCGCGCACAAUGAGCUAGGUAGAGUUUUACGGUCCAGCCGUCAUCCAGUUUCGGAUUACGCAGCUAACGAAUCGAUUAACUUUAAAUUUAUGCCCGCGUACGCGCCUAACUUUGGCGGAAUAUGGGAGGCUGGCGUCCGAGCAGCCAAAUUUCAUUUAAAACGCAUUGCUGGUAACGCAAACCUGACGUUUGAGGAGCUUACUACUUUUUUUGUGCAAACGGAGGCUAUUCUAAAUUCUCGUCCUAUCACUCCUCUUUCAUCAGACCCCAACGACAUGUGUCCCCUUACCCCAGGGCAUUUUUUGAUUACUCGGCCACUGACUUCAUCUGUGCCAUCUCUACCCGUCACGGGCACUCCAGCUACGAGAUACAAGCGCAUCGAGCUUCUUCGGCAGCAGUUUUGGGAAAGAUGGCGUCGCGAAUUUAUGGCUGAGCUACAACAGCGCGUAAAAUGGAAAACCAAUCAAAGAGGAAUCCAGAUCGGAGAUCUCGUUCUACUUAAAGAAGACAAUCUGAUGCCGUUACAAUGGCGCAUGGGGCGCGUCAUUCAUCUUUACAAUGGCCCUGACGGUGUUUGUCGGGUCGCCGAUAUAUUGACGGAGAAAGGUCCAAUCAAAAGGGCCGUAAACAAGAUGUGUCUUCUGCCAACUGAUCCUGAACCCGAUGACGAGGACAAUAAGUCAAAGGAUGAUCAGACCGAUCCCUAA